GAUACGAACAGCUGAGCUAUUCUAAUUGACGUGUUGUAAUAACAAUUUUUUUUUGUUUCUAAGAAGAUCCAGAAAAUUUAUUAAAACGCUUUGAGAACUGCAAUUAGGAUUUGUUAGGUCAUUUUUUGAGAUAUCUAAUGUUAAAAUUUUGAAGAUUCUUGUAUACGAUUCAUUGCUUUAUUUACAAUGGAUGAUAUAUCGCAAGGUGACAUUUGUCGAGUAUGUCGUUGUGAAGCACAAUCGGAUCGUCCGCUUUUCUAUCCUUGCGUGUGUACGGGUAGCAUUAAAUACAUACAUCAAGAUUGUUUAAUGCAAUGGAUGCGCUAUUCGCACAAAGAAUACUGUGAACUAUGCGGUCAUCGGUUCAGCUUCCAGCCUAUUUAUUCGCCCGAUAUGCCACGAGUGUUACCGUUACGCGACGUGAUUGGUGGUUUGUUAACAGCUAUAGCAAAAGCGGCGAAGUCCUGGGCUCAUUAUUCGUUAGUGGGUACGGCUUGGUUUGUAGUGGUGCCAUUGUCAGCCUAUCGCACUUAUCGUUAUCUUUUUCGGGCGUCUUCUUUCGAUAUGAUUCUUUCACUACCAUUUGAUGUUUUUUCAACGGAAAACUUUGCUCCGGAUGUGUUUAGAGGGUGUUUUGUCGUAACCUGUACUUUAUUAUCAUUUAUCGGUUUAGUUUGGUUGCGAGAGCAGAUUUUAAUGGGUGGAGGGCCGGACUGGCUGGAAAGAGACGAUGGUCCGGCAGCAGGGCCCAACAAUGAAGUCGAAGAUGAUGUUGUGGGCAUACCACCCAUAGCCAGAGACAUUGCAGUGGCACAUGUAGAGGAAGGAGCUGGAGGUGAUGGCGUUCGCAAUCAAGUAUUGGAAGAAGCAGCUGAAGCAGACGACGUUUAUUAUCCGGCCAGAGAUAAUAUAGGUGAUGUUCCACCCCUACAUCCACAAAACGAUAAUAACAACAACGAUGGUGCUCUCCUAGUAGAGCCAAUUAAUAACGCUGCUCCGCCUGUAGCAGCUGAUCCAAAUGAAAAUGAGGGCGAUGUUCCCUUAGACUUCGGGGUACAAUUGCCCCCCGCUUUAGCUGGCAUUAAUAACAACAAUAAUAAUAAUGUUGUCAAUGCAGCGGAAAAUGACAAUGACAACGAUGAACCCAACUGGAAUCCCAUGGAAUGGGACCGUGCUGCUGAAGAUCUUACGUGGGAACGUUUAUUAGGCUUAGAUGGCUCUUUAGUAUUUCUGGAGCAUGUCUUUUGGAUUAUUUCAUUGAAUAUAAUGCUGAUAUUUGCUUUUGCGUUUUGUCCUUACUGCAUCGGACACUUCAUUUUAAGUUCGUUAGAUCUUCUGCAUCCAGACAAGCCCUUAUUACAUUUUCAUGGUCUUAUUACUACACUGUUCGGUUAUUGUUUCAUCGGCCACAUACUGGUGGUGUUACACUUCUUAGCUAAGGCAUUUCACAUGAGAAGAGUCCGCAACUUGAUUGGUUUAUGUUAUAUUGUAGUAAAAGUGUCGUUGUUGUCGGUCGUGGAAAUUGGUGUAUUGCCUUUAAUAUGUGGUUGGUGGUUGGACAUUUGUUCUCUGCCAUUGUUCGAUGCAACACUUAAAGACCGUAAGGUAAGCUUUUCGGCAGCUCCUGCCACAUCCUUAUUUGUACACUGGAUGUUCGGAAUGGUUUAUGUGUAUUAUUUUGCUGCUUUCAUCUCAUUGCUAAGAGAAGUUUUACGUCCAGGCGUUCUGUGGUUUUUACGUAAUCUCAACGAUCCGGAUUUCAGUCCCAUACAGGAAAUGAUUCACUUACCGAUAUUGAAACAUGUACGACGUUUAAUUUCGUCUGCAAUGAUUUUUGGGUCGGUCGUUUUACUAAUGCUUUGGGUGCCUAUACGUAUUUUGAAAACCUUAUGGCCUUCAUUUUUACCCUAUACUUUAUCUGGCGACUCUGAGGUUAAUGAACUGAGUUUGCAAUUGCUAUUGCUGCAGGUUAUCUUACCUGGCUUUUUUGAACAGUCGCAUACACGUGUUUGGUUAAAGAAAUUAUUAAGAGUUUGGUGCAUAUGUGUGUCUUGGGUUUUGGGUAUACGAAGCUAUUUAUUGGGUGUUGAUCCAGAAACUCCAUCGGAUCGUAAUAACAUUGAACCCGAAAAUGUAGCGAACGUUGGAGACAUUGCAGCAGAAAAUGUUGGAAUUGAGAAUGAAGCUAAUGGAGCUGCAGAACGCCCAGCCCGAGUUGCCGUUAUACGUCCAUUACCCGCAUUACAUCCGCAGGCGGAACGUAAUUUGGCGGCUGCUCAUCAGGCUAUGAUACAGAGGGAUGUACCGGUAGCUUUCCAACCCUACUUUAAACCAACCUUUUUCGUUCUGCGUUUAUGUGGCUUAAUGUUUUUCAUGUGUAUAUCAUUAGUGGUGGCUUCAUUAAUUACGCUUACCGUACCCAUUUGGAUAGGUCGUCAGGUAAUGUCUUUAUGGGCGGUCGGCAGCAUUAGCACGCAAGUUGUAGUACAGACAACUGAGAUUACCGCUAGACCACAUGAAUUGUACACUUCAGCUUUGGGUACGUAUCUGUGCUGGCUUAUAACACGUGGAAUAGCUAUAGCAGCAACCUUACUGCCUCAGGGUCGCGCGGCUGUUAUAGACAAAUUUAAACAUUGGUUACGCGUUGGAGCCUCAUACGCUUUACCCGUCUUGAUUAUAGUUCUAAUGUUGGGUGUUAUACCAUUGCUUUUCGGCUUACUUUUAGAAUUGGUAGUGGUAAUACCGCUAAGAGUAGGUAUGCGCCAGACUCCGAUUUAUUUUAUCUGGCAGGAUUGGGCUCUUGGCGUUUUAUAUACAAAGAUUGCUGUCGCUUUGACAUUCAUGGGACCCGACUGGCAUUUAAAACGUGCUUUAGAACGAGCUUACCGCGACGGUCUGCGUGAUAUUGACUUGAAAUUUCUAAUUGAAGAAUUGGCAAUGCCGGUGAUCACCUGUUUCGGUUUAGCUUUAGCUAUACCAUACAUAUUGGCUCAUUCAAUUUUACCUCUCUUCUGCAAAGAUCCUUGGAAUCAGCUAAUUGUUCAACACUUUAUAUAUCCUGUAUUUUUCUCAACAAUUGGGGUUGUAGCCAUUGUUGAUUUCCAAGUUCGACAGUUUAAAAAGCUCUAUGUCGCUAUCAAAGUGGACAAAUAUUUGGUCGGUCAACGUUUAGUUAAUUAUGAGCAUCGAAAAAAAAAUCAAGGAACAGAUACUAGUGACUUGCAGGAAACCCAAGAAGAACAGGAGCAAGUACCUAUAGCAAACAUCGUAGAGCAAGCAGAAUUAGAACGACGACGACGGCAAGAAGUUGAAAGGCAACAACUCGUACAAGAUCUAGUUGAGGAUGAUUUAUUAUAAAUCAUAUAAUUAAUUUUAUAUUUGGGUGAGGAUAGGUCAUAUCGGCAGGGAGAGUACAGAGCCAGAGUUACGAUAUAAAAUUUUAAAAUACUUCGAUACUUCUUUUUUCUAUUAACAAAUCAACGAUUCUUACCACAAAUAACUGAAAAUUAAAUGAAACGCUUACACGAAGAGAAAAUAAAAAACAAAAAAGACAAAAAUAGUAACAAAUAUAAAUUCACAUACGUCUGCGCUCUACUAUUAACUCCCAAAUAUUAGGAGUUCUUAUGUGUAGUCAUAUAUUUGAAGAGGGCAACUUCGACACUUAAAAAACACCUUUAUUUUCUGUUUUGUUUACAUUUUUUUAAAUUGUUGAGUAAUAUAUUCAUCUUUUAAAAUGAUUUUUUAAAAUAAAAAUAUUUGUAAGUUAUGCGACUCCUCUAUUUACGUUAUGGUAUAGAUAUUUAUAUUCUUAUGGUGUUGCACUGACAUCACGUAUGAAUAUGUAUGUUCGGUAUAGUGUAACAAAAAUAAAAAAAAAAGAUAUCGACUUAUUUUUUAUUUAAAUAUGUAUAUUUUAAAUAUACAUAUAUAUA